AUGGCAACUCAAGCCUCCCUCUUCACCCCAGUCCACUCCGCCCCGAAAUCUGGUGGCGACCGGGUUGCGGUGCCGUGGAAGCAAUCCUCACUUGCAUCAUUCAUCAGUCCUAAGCCACUCAAGUCCACCUUGCCAAACCGCUCUAUAAGGGCCAUGGCGGAGGAGGCUCCGGCCACGAAAGAGGCAGUGAAAGAGGCUCCGGUGGGCUUCACCCCGCCGGAAUUGGACCCGAACACCCCAUCACCAAUCUUCGGUGGUAGCACCGGUGGGCUAUUGCGUAAAGCCCAGGUGGAGGAAUUCUAUGUCAUUACAUGGGAAUCACCUAAGGAACAAAUAUUUGAAAUGCCUACUGGUGGUGCCGCCAUAAUGCGGCAGGGCCCGAACCUACUGAAAUUGGCUAGGAAAGAACAGUGUUUGGCUCUUGGGACUAGAUUAAGGUCCAAGUACAAGAUUAAGUACCAAUUUUACAGAGUUUUUCCUAAUGGUGAGGUGCAAUAUUUGCACCCUAAGGAUGGUGUCUACCCCGAGAAGGUGAACCCCGGCCGCCAAGGAGUCGGGCAGAACAUGCGAUCCAUUGGUAAAAAUAUCAGCCCGAUCGAGGUCAAGUUUACAGGUAAGCAAGUGUAUGACAUAUGA